AUGAAUUCCGACUCAAACCCACCUACAUCAACACCAAGAUACAUACCUCCACAUCGCCGAUCACCUACAUACCAUGACCAGCCCUACCUUACAUACGACGACCUACAUAGAAGAUAUUCACCUCCCAACUCGCCAUCACUCCACAUGCCACAGAUGCAGCGCUCUCUAUCUGCUGAGGACCUUUACCAGCGAUAUCAUGGAACAUCGAUUCAGCCGGGGGAGAAUCAGGCUCAAGAAUUCGAGACACAAGGCCAAAACUCGGCCGGGAUCUCUGCUCUUCCACCCCCGUCCCCACCUCCACCCACUCCACGAGAUUUCGAAGCACUUAGAGCAAAUCGACAUCGACUGAUUUCACCGCAAAUCAGACAGCCACUCAGGCAGCCGCUUAGCACUAGGCUUCCAGAUCCACCUGUUUUCAAUGGUGUCAGUACAAAUGUUCCAUUUGAUGACUGGAAGAUGAGAAUUAAUGACAAACUCACUCACAACAAUGAUCAUUUCCCCACCUAUGCUUUCAAAAUUGCAUACGUCAUAACAAGACUCGGAGACUUCCAAAAAAUGCAAGAACUUGAUGUAUGCUGUCAAAAUGGCAGAUUUGAGGAUAUGCCAUUGAGCAACGAGCUCCUUGAUUCCUUCGAUAUGGAUUUCUAUAAAGCAAAAACGCCUGGGUGUCUUCCGUCACCCAACUGCUCCAACCCUGAUUUACCUGGCAGUGGUCGACAGAGUCCAUUUGCAAGCGGAUAUGGCUCCCAGCCAAGCCAUGGAAGCUCGGGUACGGACAGCAAUCCUUCGGGCCUACACCUAUUACAACAAUCGCAUGAGUCGCGCAAAAAUACAACCCCGAAUACAAGCAACGGCCACCCCAGCGCAAAUCAAAGCUUCUCGAAUGCAAGCAACAAUUCCCCAAAAACACUCGUGCAACAGGGGGAAUCCUCAAUGACAAGCGCGAGUUCUACCAAUGCGAGACAAAGUCAAACUCACAUUGCACCCUCUGGAGGCCUACUUUGUGUUCCAAACAAUUCGUUCCAGAACCAUGCAGCUACAGCAUCAUCGAAUGAUCCUUUUGAGCAAACAACACCCACUGGGAGGCCAAUGUCAACAUAUGUACCAAUUGCACCCAAAGUACUGAACAACACAUCUUCCGCUAGCGUACCCGCUGAGAUACAAGCUUCACCGACAUUGAAGCCUCAGCACUUUGUACGACAUCCUUCACAUUUACGCCAUCAAAUUCAUCCUCAGCUACCACAAUUUUCACCGUUUGAUACGACUGCUUCAGGUAUCUUUACUACCGACCAAGUGCCAGACACCAUGUCACUUAACUAUGGCUUCACCGACGGCCAAGCGCCUAACGUGUCACUAUCUCAUGGUGACUACCAAAAUGUACAGCAUGCAUCGAAUAGGCCCCCAUUCCGUCGGAUCGCCAGCGCACAAAAUCCAAGCCGAGGAUCUCAAGUCUUGCAGAACCAUCAGCCUUUUCAAGAGAGCAGCUUAAGAACUUCAGUGACAUCAAACUCGGGACAAAAUCCUUGGGAAGCUGGGCAUUUCCAGAAGCCACAGUAUCCCGACCCCCAACCAAUGUUCCAACAACAAUCCAUUCGCUCGCCGUACAUGGGCCAUCACCACCUCUCAGGGUCCCCAGGGAAGUCAAUGCCCAGCCACUCACCGAAGCAGUAUCGUAUGCAACUUAGCGACACUCGAGAUGCGCGUUUCAUGAGCCAGGAACCGACGGAUUCCGGCUUCAACGGGUCGAGCCCAAUGAGCGUAAAGCGCGAGCUGUCUUCACCUGGUUCGGAUCACGUGGUGUCCACCCCCAACUUCAAGAGUCAAAUGGCCCCGCGGGAGAUACAGAAGAAGCGACGCGUAAAGCAGGAAUUGAAGAGUAAUGAUGACAACGAGGCGGUCAUCGAUCCCGUCGCGCUUCAAACAGCGGAUUUGACGCACUUGAGCCCAACAGAUCACACCAAUGUCGCAGCACUGGUUGAUGCAAUGCAUAAUACAGACAACGUUGAGGACAAUCUAGGCAUGCAGAAAACCUGGGAGAAAGUUCGCAAGGCCAAAGCGUUGAGAAUUAGAGAAGUAUGCGUGGACUUGUUGAGUUUGACUAAGCAAGCUCAACAACAAGAGGGAACUCCACUGGGGGAAAAGAGACCUAUCAAUCAGUAUGCAUCAUUUGAGAAGCGUUUCGAUGCCUUGUGCGAGACUCUUACGUUUCAAAAGACGGUGUGCAAGCAUUUGAUAGAGCCUCCUUACUCUUACAGUGUGGUUGACGAUCCGCAAUACGCGAAAGAUCGCGUCAAGAACAACCGCCGAAUCAAUUAUCAGAAGGCAGAGGCAAUCCGUCUAGGGCGUGAGCAUCUGGGUGAGAAAGGUCAGGGCAAAGGAAAGCCCAUGAUAAAGACGAAGAAGCGUGGACAAGCCCAAAUGGAAGAUGAUCAAGAUGAUGAGGAGAAAUUGGGUGACGAGCCGUUAAGUGACGGAGAAACGGAUAGGUCGCUUUCCGCGCUUGAACCCAAGUUUGCUCGUCCAAAUCCUCAUACUCCUAAGAGGACCAAGCCGUCUACAAACAGCAACCAGCAUCACCAGCAGAAAGCCAGCCUUGAAGCCGCAUAUUUACUACAGGCUCAGAAUCUGGAAGACCCCUUCGCUCAAGACUUGCACCAGAACAUUUAUGCUUCCCCUCAGCGGCCGGAACACGACCGAACGCUCCAUAGACUUGCCGCCAGUCAGCAAAUGCCCACUCUGGAUCAACACUGCGACUUUCAAUCCAGCAAUGAAACCGGGAACGUUUUUUACGGAGACAAUUCCACUGGUGGCAGUGACAGUGAGGGUCUUGGCGGUAUUGGCUACGGAUAUAGUUGA